AGUUAUAUUUUACACUCAGUCGCGAUCAGUCAUUUGUUUAAAUCGUUUCUGUGUAUUUCAGAAAACAGAAGAGACGCUUUGGAAUUUUUUAAAGUUUUUUGUAACUUGAUAAGCCAGAAACUAAAGAAACAGAAAAAGAAUUAGUGAAUGUAUAUAAAUAAAUAAAGAAGUUUUGAUUCGAAACAGAUUAAUUUGAAUGCAAUGUGACGAGCUCACCAUUUUUCAAAGUUUAAUGCGUAAUCGAAUGAUCAACAGAGAGAGAUAGAAAAUAAAACUUUGAGUAAUAUACCUGAACGGAUAGCAAGUCAGGUAUUACGUGCAAGUGUGGAGAAAACGUCAAAGGAACACAGCAAGCAAAACAAGCAAAUUUGUUUUCUUCUUAUUCAUAAAUAGCAACAAGGAAAGAAGAAAAAGAAGAAAAAUGCUCAAAGAGUCGAGUGAAGCUUCAACUAUGCACGCGGAACAAGAAGAAAACAUUGAAUGUGUACUAGGAAAACAGAAAAUGCGAUGCAAUUUGCAAAGAAAAAGAAAUGGAUACAACAAAAACAAUGUGAUAGUAGCAAGUAUUGUAACAAUCUUCUUCAUAGCUGUGCAUCGUGACGUAGUUGAUGCAUCGCCGAAUAAAGACAUACAACCCCAAGUCAGAAUAAAUAAAUGUUGUGAGAGUUUUGAAAUCUACGUCGACUUACGAUGUACGAGUGCUAAGGAAGCAAAUACUUCUGAAUGGUCUCCAGUGUUUACAGGAUACGAAGGAAAGCAGAAUGUAAAGGUUGACGAGUAUAAGUUUCUUAUAGGAAAGCCUGAUUGUGGAAGUAUGCAGAUAUGGCCUGUUUAUCAUGAUCCAAAAAACCAUGAUUAUCUUUUCUUGUUCCCUGAUGGAAAGCUUGGACAUUACAUUAAGAACCAUCGAGUGGCAGAUCAAGAGAUUGAUGAAGACGAAGAUUAUGAAGAAGUAACUGAACUUUUAACACAUCGAACACGAGCAUUUCUUUAUCACGAUUUCGAGCAAGGGCAUUAUUGCCUCGAGAAAGCAGUUUUUUCGAACAAUACCAAAGAGAGUUGGCAAUUUGCUUAUGUCUGUUCGCCUGAGAAGAUUCUUAGAUGGACCGACACGGAUUUCUUACUGAGAAAAGUUCUCAAUCCAAUUUUUCAUGGACUUUCAAUGAUUAUCUUACUGAUUAUUGCAAUAAUCUAUUUUGUGUUACCAACUCUAAGAGAUUUAGUUGGAAAUAUCGUCACAACAAUCACAAUUUGCUUAAUCAUAAGUCAAGCAGCUGAUCUUGUUCGAAUCUUUACCGAGUUUGGCAAUCACGUCAGCUUUCUUAUUGCUGAUACGAUUCUUUAUGUGAGCAUGCUGGGCGCAUUCUUUUGGCUUAACAGUAUGGGAUAUUACAUUUGGAAGACUUUUCGUUCAAGAAAUGUUUUCUUGAGAGUCACAGAUGGACGGAAAUACUGCUGGUAUUCAAGCUAUGCUUGGGGAAUGACAUUUCUUCUAUCAAUUCUUGCUGUCUUCGCACAUUAUUUCUUAGACACAGGAACAAUUAAGAAACAAUAUUUGUUUGAAGACCAAGAGACAAUUGGCUGGCUUGGAAUGGCAGUUUUCUUCACUCCAAUUGCUUUCAUUGUCAUUAUUAAUUUAUUUUUCUAUGUGACAACACUCAAAGUAAUGAACAGAAUCAAUUCAUAUGGAAGAAUUCACAAUAAACUCAAGAGCAAUUUUAUAAUGUUCAUCUUAAUAUUCAUUACAAUGAGUGUCGCCUGGGUUUUCUUCAUUUUAUCGUGGCUUAAAACUGAUUUCUUACUUUACAUUCACAUAAUUACGAAUUUUCUUCAAGCACCAAUAUUAUUUUAUAUUUGCAUUAUCCGACAGAAACAUGUCAGUUUUCUUCUAAAGAAAGCUUGUUGUUACAACGAGGCAGUAACGCACACAUCUGGUGCUGAUUGGAAUUACGGCGAUGAACUAACUUACAUGAAUGGAAACAAUUAUUAAACAACUAGAAAUUACUUCAAAUACUCCAAAAAUAUAAACAUUCCCAAGAAUCUCAUGAAAUCUUCCAACUUUUAUGAUUUUAAUCAUUUUUUCUUGCUUUUACCGAAUCAAAUAAGUUUGCAAUAAAGUUUGUACUUAUUUAAGCAUAUAAAAUUGUUUUAAUAAAUAAUUUUUGAAGCUC